CCACUGAGAGCUCGCACGCCGGAUCAGGGCUUCCUGUCCUCGGUUCCGUCCCGGCGGCUCACCGGCGUGCAUCCCCGUGGGCUCACCGGCGUGCGACCCGGCGUGGAGAUGCCCCGAAGUGGGGUACGAGCAGACUAUCGCGCCGCGCCGGUGCCCCCCUACAAGUCGGAUGCACGCACGGAGGCCCUUAACAGCAAGAUUAAAGAACAAAAAAUUCUUGUGGAUGAACUUUCUAACCUGAAGAAGAAUCGGAAAGUAUAUAAGCAGCAACAGAACAGCAGCGUAUUUUUCCUUGCAGAUGGAACAGAAAUGUUUUCCAAAAGCAAAAAGACAUUAGAUGAACUAAGAAAACAAUACCAAGCAUUAGAAGAAAACACAGAGACAACCGAAGUCAAGACGCAGUCACCCUGAUUUCACAGAACCAUGUGUGGCAUUUGCUGCUCUGUAGGCUUCUCUGAUGAACACUUCAGUAAAGAAUUGAAAGAGGA